AUGCGCCAGAACGUUUGCACAAGUGUUGCCGGAGCGUUCUUGUGUACAGGUUGCCUGCCGUCAUUAGAGGGCGCAUACAACAGCAUCGAAGAUGUUGGUGGAGAAGGGAAUGAAAAGGAGAUCGUUGGCCAGUUUAGAAUGGCACCAGUCGCUGCUUCGGUCGUCACAUGGAACGUUUUGUCGAAGCAUCGGCCGUUGCUUACGCGGCUCAUUGUAUUGGAGCCGGUUCGAGCGUUGCCGCGAUGUUUGGCGCAGCGCGAGUCGAGCGGCAUGCCAUGGAUGUCUGAUCCGCGGCUGCCAGCGCCAUGA